AUGCGUUCAAUUUAUGUAUUUUGCUUUGCUUCGUUUACUGUUGCUGCCAUUGCAACAGUUCCAUAUUAUGAUUACAUUCAUUUAGGCGUCACAACUAUUUACUCCUAUUUUCAAGAUGAUAAACCCGUUGCGGUCAGAGUAGCUUGGUGGGGCUCUUUUUACGCAUCAAUCAGUUCUGCUAUUGAUGCAGGGAUAGAUGCAUGUAAAAACUGUAAGGAUAACCAUUCCGACUCUGCAACUUUAGAUUGUGCAAGUUCAGUUAAUAAGUUAGCGACAUCUCUCGUGCUUAAUUUAAUGUCAAUAUAUAUCCACUGGUAUGAUGAAGCGACACCAACUGGAACUGUAAAAGGUGUCAACACAACAGCAGUUCGAAGAAGACAGUUUAGGCAGUGGAAAGCACUAAUGGCCUGUAUGACCUAUCUUGUGUUACUAAUUUAUUAUUUGAUCACUAUUCUCAACUAG